CUUGGAUCUGCACGGAAAUACCUGACAACUUUUUCCAUCCUCCAAGGAACCCUAACCCAUGUUCUGACUGAAAACUCCACCCGGCUUGAAGCUACCACCGGUACUUCUUGAUGCAAUUAGCAACCGUGUACGCACCUUUCUAAGGCUCAAAGAACAAAACAUUGUGUUCUGAUAACCAUCUUCAUCUCUACCUCGAUUGCCUCCAAAAUGUCUGAGCGUCUUGUAGAUGACGAACGAUGAGUUAGCCCGGAUUAUCUUUUCUUUUAUUGUCAUUGACGUCGUUGGCCGGGGAUACCAGAAGACAAUCGAAAUGCUUCAAGCUAUGUCCAAUGCGCAUGCUGCGCCCCCGCACGUCCGUCAUCUCAAGAUAAUGUCAUUGAGCGAACGGCGCAACGUAUACGCAAAGGAAUACGUCGUCUUUGAUCUGAAGCCUCGUCACGGAUGUUGGACUCAUACUCUGCCUUCCGACGCGUUUCAACAGGCAUUAAAAAUUGCGCUGCCAAAUGCCAUCGCUUCCUUAAGCCAUUUGAAACCUCUGAUAAUGUACGCUUGCCGUGAAGACCCACAAUGGGCUCUCCCCAUCGUUAUUAACUCUGCUGCUGACCAUGCAAGCUUGAACAAUUUUCCUUUUCCACAUCAAGCGAGCAGGCAGAUCUCCGACCGUUUAUCACUCAACACACUGCUUUCCGGAAUACCAGACAAUAUUUCACUUCGACUUCGCCGCCUUGUCUUGGAUGCAUUUGAUGUUACCAUCAAUGAUAGGUUGAUAAAGCAUUUUCAUUUUCUGACGGAGUUGCGAUUAGGGAGCACUACUUCGUUCAUUACCAACGACAGAGGAGGUAUCCCGAUAUCUGGACUGCUCUUCAGGCCAGCUCAAUUUGUCUGGAGAGCAUUUUAGUUGUUAUUUCGCACAUAUCCAUUCUGUUAAUGGAGUUUAUGAACUCAUGCUGAGCAUGACAAUGAAAAGGAGAGCAAUGAAGGAGAUACCG